CUUGAGCGCGCGAUGCAUUGUGGUUGUUCAUGCCCUGUGUUUUUGCAUUGAGGGUGUGUGUAUUUUUUACUAAACCGCGGUACCUGGACGGAUUUAAAAUCCCAUCAUGGCUCCUGAAGCCGGUAUUUUACUUUGGCAGUUAUUUAUUUUGUUGGUUUUAGAACAGACGCCGAAAGGAACUGCUGUCGAGGAAAUAUACAAAUCUUGCUACAAACCAGUCAAGUUCAACAGACCUACUUAUAUAAGAACCUAUCCCAGGCCUCAUGAGUACUUGAACAUCUCUGAACUUCCUGCUUCCUGGGACUGGCGUAACAUCGAUGGGAUCAACUAUGCGAGUGUGACGCGUAAUCAACACAUCCCUCAGUACUGUGGAUCUUGCUGGGCCAUGGGAUCCACCAGCGCCCUCGCAGAUCGUAUAAACAUCAAAAGAAAAGGGGCAUGGCCAUCCGCUUACCUGUCCGUCCAGAACGUUAUUGACUGUGGAAGGGCCGGGUCUUGUUUUGGAGGUGAUCACAUGGGUGUGUAUGCUUACGCACAUGACAAGGGCAUUCCAGACGAAACCUGCAACAACUACCAGGCGCGAAAUCAAAAAUGUGAUCAAUUUAAUCAAUGUGGCACGUGCUCAUUCUUCGGGUCCUGUUCGGUUGUAAAGAACUACACUACGUGGAAAGUAGGAGACUACGGUGAGAUUUCAGGACGAGAUCAGAUGAAAGCUGAGAUCUACAAAAAUGGCCCAAUCAGCUGUGGAAUCAUGGCAACUAAACGUCUUGAGGCAUAUAAGGGAGGCGUGUUUUCAGAGUUUCAUAUCUUCCCACUCAUGAACCACAUCAUAUCUGUGGCAGGCUGGGGAGUCACCCAUGAUGGAACAGAGUAUUGGAUAGUCAGGAACUCCUGGGGCGAGUUUUGGGGUGAAUCGGGCUGGGCCAGGAUAGUCACCAGCGCGUAUAAAGCGGGAAAAGGGAACAGAUACAAUCUUGCCAUUGAGAAAUCCUGCGCAUAUGGAGACCCCAUAGUGGCCUAGAGGAAGAGCAACCGUUUGGAGCAGCUUUAUUCACAUGUCCAGAGUGGAAUCCAACAGAGGGCAACAUGUAAUAUAGGCAUUAUUAAACCAUUACAAAUGGCAGUGUUGUUAGUAAUAGAGUUAAUUUUUUUUCCCAGGUGAAAUGCGUUCAUGGUUUAUUAUUGCCUGCUGUUUGAUUUUAAUUAAAAUGUUUUUAUAAAAAAAGGUUUAAUUUCAACCUGCAAUUUGCAAAUAAUUUUUUAUUAACAAUGUCUUGGUUAAUGUAUUAAAAAGAAAAAAAGAAUAAGACCUAAUACAUGUAUGGACAAAUCAGUUCUCGCAUACGUAUGUAAACCGUUGAAUGUUUUUGCAUUCUGUACAACUAGAGUCUGGAAGUAAAUUUGACCAGAAUUAUAAUGUACUUUUAUAUUUGUAUACUUUUUUUAUGCUUUUUUUUUUUUUAAUUUUGCAGGUUGCAUUUUUUUCCCUGCAAAUCAAUAUUCCUAGGAUAUUUAGAAUUUUCUUUUAUGACAUUAAAUCUAUUUUAUUCCCAGUUUGUACCACUGCAGAAUGUAAAAAGGUUUUGGCGGUCAAUAUUAAAAAUCUUUUUUUCUUUCUUUCUUUCUUUCUUUCUUUCUUUCUUUCUUUCUUUCUUUCUUUCUUUCUUUCUUUCUUGUGUUAUAUUAAUGCAGUGCUUUUCGGAUUAAUUACAAUAUUGUUUGUGAUCAUUUUCAUGCUCAUAUUUUCUUUUUCCAAUGGUGUAUUUAUCGUUUUCUAAUUAUUCUUCAUUUAUUAUUCAUUCAUAUAAAUCAUUUAAAAAAUUUAAUUUAAUAUAUUUACACAAAUAUAAUGUAUUAUCCUGGUGAUUUAACAGUUUGCAUUAAAAAAAGAAUCCAAGUCUAUAAGCAAGACACUACAACAGAACAUUAACACACUUACAUUGUUUCAUUCAACAUUUUAUACCAAGGUUUUAACCAAAUAUCAGUAAAAUUUUUAGAAAAUAAAAAACAGAAAAUAAAAAACAGUGAAAUACCAGCUCUCUA